GAAGGAUUCACGCUCAACGAUCAGACGGCAGUCGGCCGCUCCAGCUCUACAGUCAAGCGACAACAAGUUUCCUAUUUGGCUCUAGCUGGUUGUUGUUGAUUCAAAGUUCCCGCCCGCCCAAAGUUUUCAUUCAUAGUCUCUCAAACUGCUCACGAAAAGGCAAUCCCAUUCAAAGAAAUACAAUUUCAUCCAGAGUGUGCGAACUCUCUAACCAGCCCCGUCACUCGUUUGAAAACCAUUUCCAUUUUCUUGACUCGAUCCAGUGUUGUUUGUUGUUGUUGUUCGUCGACCCUUGAAGCCCCACAAAGUUCGGCAACCGAAGAAGGAGGCACCAGCCAUUAAAGAAGAAUCUGAAGGUGGUGGUGGUGGUGGUGGGGUGUUUCUUUCGCAGGAGAGAGAGAUUUGAAAAAAAGGAAAGAAGCAGUGCCCAAUCAACCUGUCGAAAGAUGAAGUGUUGCUGGGCUCUUUUGUCGGCCCUGGUAAUCCUGACGGCCAUGGCCACCUUCGCCGAUGGAUGCAGCUGUUCCAAGCGCCACCCACAGGAGCACUACUGUUCAGCCGAUUUUGUUGUUUUGGCCCACGUGAAGCGGAUCGUGCACGACCGAUCUGAAUGGUCCCGCGCCUACAAGGUGCGCAUCAAGAAAGAGUUCAAGGUGACGGAAUCCGGCCGCCAGGCCUUGUCUUACGGACGCAUUUUGACGCCUUCACACGACGCCUCUUGCGGUAUCCGACUCAAGCCGGGACGGCGCUACCUGUUGACGGGCAACAUCCGCUCCGGAAAACCUUGGAUCAAUUUGUGCAACUUUGUCCAUGACUGGGACCGCAUGACUCCCAUCCAGCGCAAAGGUUUCCGCCGUCUCUACCAGCGCGGAUGCGACUGCAAGGUCAUGGAAUGCCAUUGGUGGGGCAAGUGCCCGUCAACGACUCAGGCUUGCACAUGGGACACGGCAUUCGACUGGCACGAUUGCCAGUCAAUGCACGCCAUUUGCACGCGAGGUAACGGCGGCGGUGGCAGCGGAACAUGCCGCUGGUCCCACUCAAAAUCCUACCGACAAUGCAGCAAGAAACGGGCCGGCGCCGAUCCCAAGAAUCCAGACGAUCCCGCCCGGUCGGCACCCGCUUCUGCCGUUGCCACUUCGUCGUCGCGUCGGUGGAAAAACAAUUUACUACUCAAAUCGUGAGCAAAAGAGAGAAAACAAGACGCAGCACGCGCGCAAC